ACACAGAGGCAAAUUGGCUGAAGUUAAGUGAUUGGAAUAAACCGCGGUCAAUGAUUUAUGAAGUACCACAUAUGUUUUAUGCUUUCAUGCCUCAGGCUUUGAUAUGCCGUCACAAGGCACCAACUCCACCUUUCCCCUCCGGCAGAAAGCCAUGAGCCCGGAAAAAAAAGAAAAAAGAAAAAAAAAAGGGAGAGAGAAAGAGCAAAGGUCUAGAUCAAGUCGAUUUCCUGUUGUUCCUCAACUCUUCUCUUUCGAGCUUAUCUCUCAAUCCUAUAAAAAGUUUCUACUGAACAUUUCACCUUCAACUUUUUAACUCAAAGUAGGCAUACGUUUUGUCUGCUCUCUAAGACCCUUCACCAAGAAAAAGGAGUCUUUAAAUUAAGAUAGCAGUGAUGUCGCGUCCAGAGGAUAUCCUGCCCCCCGACCUUUUCUAUGACGAUAAUGAAUCUCGCAAAUAUACCACGUCCUCGCGAAUCCGUAACAUACAGUCUGAUAUGACCAAUCGAGCACUCGAACUUCUUGACCUUCGAUCUCCGUCACUGAUUCUAGAUAUCGGCUGUGGCUCCGGACUAUCGGGCGAAAUUCUUUCUGCAGUGGCCCCUGAACAUGGGGGACCUCAUACCUGGAUAGGCAUGGAUAUCUCACCUAGCAUGCUUGAUAUCGCCCUUCAACGGGAUGUAGAAGGUGAUUUAUUUCUAGCUGAUAUUGGGCAAGGAGUACCAUUUCGUCCAGGCACGUUUGAUGCAGCUAUCAGUAUCAGUGCCAUCCAGUGGCUCUGCAACGCCGAAACGAGUGACGUUAGUCCUGAAGGCCGCCUGCGGCGUUUUUUUGAAGGUCUUUAUGCUAGCCUACGGCGUGGAGGUCGUGCUGUUUGUCAAUUCUAUCCUAAAAAUGAUGCACAGCGAAAUAUGAUCAGUGGAGCUGCCAUCAAGGCUGGUUUCGGAGCUGGCAUCCUAGAAGAUGAUCCCGGGACAAAGAACAGCAAGCUGUACCUUGUUUUGACUGUUGGAGGCGGUGGUCUGCAAGGUGAUAUUACAGGCGUCGUGAAUGGAAUGGAUGAUGUUAAUAUCCUGGAUGCCAGAAGAAAGGCAAUGGAACAUGGGAAAAUGCAACUGCCCCGGAAGGGCGAUAAGGCUUGGAUUAUGCGGAAAAAGGAACAGAUGGAGAGAAAGGGCAAGGUUGUGAAACAGAAUUCUAGGUACACGGGCAGAAAGCGUCGCCCAGCUUUCUAACCGUCCAGCCAUGGUUAGCUUUCCGUGCUUGAUCAAGUCGAUAUAUCUUUGGUGCUUGGAUUCAUUGCGCAAGAAACAGAAAACAUUAGGGCAGAAAAACAAAUUCAAGCCGUGGCCACAAACAACAUUGAUGUAUCCAAUUACUGCGUUGUGGCCAUUGCCAUCCAGGC